GGGGAUGCUGGACGCUACUGGUGUAUAAAUGGAGAUACUAAUGAGACCAUCCAUGAUGCAUUCCUCAUUAUCCUGAGAAAGGUGAAAUGUCCAGAAACCCCACAACGAAUUCUAAAAGGUCAAACUUUAGAUUUAAAAUGUGGCACAAACUUUUGGGGAGCUAGAGAUGAAUCUUACUUCCCAACAGUAAAAUGGAUUGAUAAUGGCAAUCCUGUUACAUCGAAAAUUAGCAUUGAAACAAACCAAUCAACAGCAAUAUAUACGUAUACAGCAGAUGACCUAGGGGCGUCUGUAGCUACGUGUUCCGUAAGCGUUACCCAUGGUCUUCUUCAAGAGACAGAGCUAUGCAAAAUUGAAUUUCAAGUUACAGAUUAUGCUGACAAUAUAUGGGUAUCAACAAACUCAUCUACUAUUGGCUCAGACAUUUAUACAAUAAAAGAGGGAUUUUUGAGCAAUCGGAAGCCAGUUUACACCAGCAAUAGAGGUCUAUACCUGU